AUGCUGGCAUUCCUGAUUCUCGUAACCGUGACCCUAGCAUCUGCUCACCAUUCUGGUGAGCAUUUUGAAGGUGAUAAGGUGUUCCGUGUCAAUGUUGAAGAUGAAAAUCACAUCAACUUACUCCGUGAGUUGACCAGCAUCAGGCAGAUUGACUUCUGGAAACCAGAUUCUGUCAUACAAGUCAAUACUCACACUACAGUUGACUUCCAUGUUAAAGCAGAAGAUAUUUUCACUGUGGAAGACUUUCUGAAGCAAAAUGAACUACAAUAUGAGGUAUUGAUAAGCAACCUGGGAUCUGUGCUGGAGGCUCAGCUUGACAGCAGAGUGUACGCAACUGGACACAGUUACGAGAAGUACAACGACUGGGAAACGAUAGAGGCUUGGACUCAACAAAUCACCAGUGAAAAUCCAGACCUCGUCUCUCGCAGUGUCAUCGGAACCACAUUUUCAGGAAACAAUAUAUACCUCCUCAAGGUUGGCACAUCUGGGUCAAAUAAGCCUGCCAUUUUCAUGGACUGUGGUUUCCAUGCCAGAGAGUGGAUUUCCCCUGCAUUUUGCCAGUGGUUUGUGAGAGAGGCUGUUGGCACCUAUGGAAGUGAGAGCCACAUGACAGAACUUCUCGACAAGCUAGACUUUUAUGUCUUGCCUGUGCUCAAUAUUGAUGGCUACAUCUACACCUGGACCAAGAACCGAAUGUGGAGAAAGACCCGCUCCACCAAUGCUGGAACUACCUGCAUUGGCACAGACCCCAACAGAAAUUUUGAUGCUCGUUGGUGCUCAAUUGGAGCCUCUCAAAACCCCUGUGAUGAAACUUACUGUGGAUCUACUGCAGAGUCUGAAAAAGAGACCAAGGCCCUGGCUGAUUUCAUCCGUGACAACCUCUCUUCCAUCAAAGCAUACCUGACAAUCCACUCAUACUCCCAGAUGAUGCUCUACCCUUACUCCUACAGUUAUGCACUCCCGAAGGACAACAAGGAGUUGAAUACCCUGGCCAAAGCUGCCGUGGAAGAACUUGCCACCCUGCAUGGCACCAAGUACACAUAUGGCCCAGGAGCUUCAACAAUCUACCCUGCUGCUGGGGGCUCUGAUGACUGGGCUUAUGACCUAGGAAUCAAAUACUCCUUCACCUUUGAACUCCGAGACAAAGGGAGAUAUGGCUUUGCCCUCCCUGAAUCCCAGAUCCAGGCAACCUGUGAGGAGACAAUGCUGGCGAUCAACCAUGUUACCAGCUAUGUCCUGGAACAUCUGUACUAGUCCAGAGUGCUAAGAGCCUUAUUUCUAAAUGUUCACUCUUUCUUUCUUUUCUACCCUGAAC